CAUCAGUAUUCUUUCAGUAUGGACUAAAGUUUUUUGCCUUUCCCACCAGGGAUAAAUUGAAAAAAAAACAUACAUAUAUGAAUACCUCAGAAUACAUUUUAUACUUUCUGUCCAUAGAGUAAACUAUUUUCUCAGGUAUCCAGGAAUAAGAAUUCUUUUUGGCGUUAGAGGGUCUCGCCUGACGUAAAGUGACUCAAGCCCCUGGGCCUGUUAUUAUUUUUGCGAUUGCAAUUAUUUAUUUAUAGUACUAAGCCAAUUGCCUGCCAAAAGCAAGAUCUUAAACAAUUUUGACAGUUCGAAUACAUUUUGGCUAUAGCUCUAAGUAAAAGUCUACAACGAUACCCACUGCAAGGCUAGGUAUGGUAGGAGGAAAGUUGGUACUAGCUAGAUACAACGGUGAGUCGUAUACCAACAUAAUGUCAUUUAAAUAUUUAUAGUAAAUGUACUAUAUAAUUUGGAGGUCUUCCACAUAUUUCAAUUGCUAUGUAAAUAUGUAGAGCCAUCUGCGCACGCUUGAACUUGGCGCAUGGCAAAUAAUUCAGUGCAUUUAGGACAAGGUUUCUAAAUCAGCAUGGGUUGACGCAGUGCUCGAAAAUGCGCGGUGGAAGUUCAGAAAGGCUGGUCGUGCGAGCUUCUAGACGCAGGGGCGACACGCGUGCUAAACUAACGAGAUAUAUAACGAUAUCUUUAGCAGCUGUUCUCGGAGGUGGGAGCUCUGCCCUUCUUUUUCUGGUGCCACUUUACGCGGAUCCGGCUUUAAGUGCCCUGGCUGCCGAUUUCGAUCCGGUACCGGCAGAGUGCGUUACUGAACGAAGAGAUGAUAGACUUGGCCUAGAUAAUUGCACUUGGGCAUCUUGUCGAGAAGGGUGCACCAGCGAUGCCUAUAAAUGCAUCCAGUUACAUGUAAAGUAUAAAGCGUAUGUUGAGGAUUGGCGCCCCGCAGUUCUAUAUGUCAAUAUCAAAGGUUGCGGAUACCCACCAGCCGUGAAUUGCGAAAAUUUCACGAUGAACUACGGAUAUGUUGGUGCAAGAUACCCAUGCUUUUGGUCUCGGGCGGACACGACAGUAGUAGUGCCAACAUGGUCAAGGGGAGAGCAGGUUGCAACCGUAACACGUACCCUGGCAUUACCUUUGUUUCUUUCUGGAUGUGCUGGCAUUGGUCUGUGCGCAUUGCAUUGUGAAUGUAGACCACGGCGACGCCGAAGGCCGCCUAGACGUCCCCCGCGCCUGCCUACUUUAUCAAUAGAUGAUACAACAGUUUAUAGGCUUGCUUAAGCCACAGUGGAAUUGCAUUUUAAUACCUAUCUUAGGAUUCAGCGGCGACUUUCUUGAAUCGCACAUUAUUAUUGAACCUCAUGUCUUCAAGCACAUUUAGAAUUGAUUUUACGUGUGAAGUAUAUAUACUUAAUUGUAUUUACGAAA